GCUCCAUGCACAUCAGUCAGUGGCUUCAAGAAGACGAGAGCAAGAGAGGAGAAAGGAGGAUAAGAAGGAAGAAAGGCUAGAAAGAGGGAGAACGAGAGUCAGAAAAGAAAAAAGAAAGUAAAGAAAAGAAAAGAAAGAAAAAGACAUUAAGAAGACAGUGAAAGGGUGAGCUGGGAAUCUAUCCAGUGGACUGUAGAGACUUCAGUUUUGGACAAAACCAGUGUGACUGGGAGUCUACUGGGAGGACAGACUGGUUUCCACCCGCAGUGAGCAGACUGCCAAACACCAUGGCUGACAACGUGAACGAGGAGUCGAAUUAUGUCCCGGGGAAAGAUGAGCUGGACUGGGGCUAUGAGGAAGGUGUAGAGUGGGGACUCCAUUUCCCAGCAGCCAACGGCGAGUACCAGUCUCCCAUCAACUUAAACUCCAGGGAGGCCCAGUAUGACCCGUCCCUCCUGGAUGUCGGCCUAUCCCCAAACUACGUGGUGUGUCGAGACUGUGAGGUCAUCAACGAUGGACACACUGUUCGCAUCAUUCUCAAGUCCAAGUCAGUGGUUACCGGGGGUCCGUUGCCCAGCGAUCAUGAGUAUGAACUUCAUGAGGUUCGAUUCCACUGGGGCAAAGAGAACCAGAGAGGAUCAGAGCACACCGUCAACUUCAAGGCUUUCCCUAUGGAGCUCCAUCUGAUUCACUGGAACAGCACACUGUUUAACACUCUGGAGGACGCUCUGGGGAAGAAGAAUGGAGUCCUCAUCAUUGCUCUUUUUGUGCAGAUUGGUAAGGAGCAUCUGGGUCUGAAGGCCAUCACUGAAGUCCUACAGGACCUGCAGUACAAGGGGAAGAGCAAGAUAAUUCCAUGCUUCAACCCCAACACUCUGUUACCAGACCCAUUAUUGAGAGACUACUGGGUGUAUGAAGGAUCUCUGACCACACCACCUUGUAGUGAGAAUGUGACCUGGAUCCUCUACCGCUACCCUCUCACCAUCUCACAGCUACAGAUUGAGGAGUUUCGGAGGCUGCGGUCUCAUGUCAAAGGGGCUGAGCUGCCAGAAGGAAAUGAUGGGAUGUUGGGGGACAACUUCCGUCCCACCCAGCCACUCAGUGACCGGACGGUUCGUGCCGCCUUCCAGUGACUGUCACUUUCCACUGCCAACUCAGAAAAACUAUGGACCCACAGAUAUAAGUAUUGAAGGAGAGAAGAAAGGAGAGGUGAGAGGAGGAAUGUUGGAAAGAGAAGGAGAGUUGAUGUGGUUAUAGAUCAGCUGCAGAUUGAAGGUGGACAAAGAAACUAUUGAUUCACUGUGUGUUUGAGUGUGUGAUCUGUGUAGGUGUGCUGUUCUUCCUUUUCUGCUUAACCUCUCUCUCUCCCUCUCAUUCUCACUGUUUGUGUGUGUGUGUGUGUGUGAAUGUAGCGCUCUGUACUUGUGUAUGCUCUGUAGUUAUGUCUCUAGUAUUACUGUACCAAACUGCUCUGUGUGUGUGUGUGUGUGUGUGUCCUGAUCAGAUGAUAGUGGGCUUUACUACCGGCCUGGUGUCUGCUGUUAAAACAAGAGGAAAUAUGAACCACAGAUGUACCUGUACACACACACACACACACAUACACACACAUACACAUACACACACACACACAGACACACAUACACAUACACACACAUACACACACACAUGUGUUAUUCAUUAAAUGUUACACCGUGAAUGUACUGCAGUCAACCUGCUGGACUAGUUUAACACACAGUUUACAAACUAUACUAAUGAAUUUAAACUGAAAAUGAAGUCAACUUGACAGAAGAAUCAAACCAAAUUCAUAUACAGCAAGUAUACUUGUUAGUAUAUAACAAUAGUUUGUAACUAUUUGCUCUGUAAUGACUGGCUAUAACAGAUAUAAUGGGAGUUAUGUGGUAAAUAGUUUUAGAUUGGGUUUACAUUCUAUUAAAUUUGCAUAAUGUGAUAAUAUAUAUAUUGGCAGCCUUCAUAUCAGCCUAAAUCACACAGGAUGGACACUGGUGGGAUCUGCUGAGUGAACACUCGGUCGAUAGAAAUCUGAGGUCAACAGCUUCCAUUGAACCUCCUCCACAUCUCACCAACAGAUUUAGUUUGCCAAACUCACAUUACAUGAAUUCUGGUUAAUGAAGUCCUCACAAGUCACUCUCACCUCUCCCUGCUUUAGACUGUCUAAGUGUGAAUAUAAGUGUGUUUCCAUCCACCUGUUUUAUGUGUAUUUUCAAUUUGCAUGAAUCAAAAACUGGAGUGUAGAAAUGCAGGAAAUUCUGAGAAAAGUCAAAAUAUUGUUAAAAAGUUUUUACACUUGUCUGAGUUGGAAAGUUGGUGUAUCCAUAACAAGAAAUGCGAGUGAAUAAAUCCUGACGUACGUGAAGCGUGUGACUUAAACGUCUCUCAAGCUUCUACUCAGGAGACAAAAACAUCAGAUCUGUGAGGAGACUGUAAAGCUCCUCAAACAGAAAUCAUAUAUAGUCUUAUUUCCAUCACAGUUUUCACAUGGUUUUCUAUUGUUUGAGGUUUGACUGGCACUCUUUUAAUGAUGUCAUCUUGCUGUGCCCUCCUCUGCAACUGGAGAAUUACCACCACCAACUUUUUAUCUUGAUGAGCCGACUCCUAAUAUUCACAUACAGUAGUGGAUGGAAAUGCAUAUUCAUUCACAUUUUCUUUUUCAAAUCUCCUGGAAAUUUUGAUAAAAUUUGCGUUACAUUUAGAUGGAAACUGACUUAUGUCUACUGUCUUUUAAAUAUGAGCUGCUAUAAAAAAAAACAUCCCUCUUAAGUCACUGUAAGACAAGGCUGAUGCUUUGGCUAUUAUUAAAAAAAAAAGUCCAGCUUUGAUGUUUUUUUGUUGACCAACCCAGAUAUUAUGCUCCCUUCAUGUCAUAUCAUACAGAGCAGCUGAGGGGGAAAAACUUUCAUGUCAGCGUCUGAGAUGUAUUUUCAUGUCAGAGGGGAUUUCUGACAGAAAGCUCCAGAAUGUUAACAUAUAGGCCUAUUUGUUUGUAUUUGGUUUCAGUUGCUAUUAACAAACCGCUAAAAAUAUGUCAAAUGAUGAAAGUGUUAAUUUAGGAUUAUUUUCCAUUUAUCUAAUGUGACUACCGGGCUAGUAACCGGUGAACGUCCCCAAUUUAAAACGAGAAGAGGAUGUCAUAGUCCUCUCAUUCUGCAGACAUGACAUGAAUGCAGCAUUAUCUUCGCUCAAGGUUCUCACUGAGUUCUUCUAAUGACAUUUAUGCAUUGGGUUCAUAAUUAAUAAGAAAGAAAUAUUAUGAUAUGCUUAUAUUUUGUUUAACAAGAUAAACAUAGUAAAUCAGGCAAUGAAACACAUAAUACAUCUUAUUAAAUUAUCUGGGUUUCAGGAUUACAAACUGUCACAAACUGAAUAGAAUUAAAUGGAAAGUGUUGAAAUGCUAUCAUCUAUCUUUAUAGUCUCCCUUUGGACCCACCUGUGCCUCCUCAACUAGACCUUCCACCAAAGUGCUGACGUAAAUCAGAUGAGAGUCGAUCAUCUAUUAUCAUUAUUAGAAUCUGUGGCACUGUCUGAACACUUUUCUUCAAUAUUUUUGAAUGAAAAUGGUCAAAUGUGACACAAAAUGAUAGUCACAAAAUGUUGAUUAUCAGCUUUAAUACAGAAAGACGUCAUUGACAGUGUAACACUACUCUCAUCACUCCCUUCAUAUUGUUUUAGGAGGCAGGGAGGGUCACAAGCACUGUUUUUAUGUGUGUGUGUGCAUAUUUGUGUGUGUAUGUGUGUGUGUGUGUGUGUGUGUGUGUAGUCUUUUAAAGGUACUGUGUCUGACAAACGGAGCUGAAAUAAACUGUGAGGACUGAUGACUGUUACUAUAAAGCAACAAUAAAUUACAAC